AUGUGUUUAAUCUUCGAAAACCUACCCGAUGAAAUAAUCUUAUACAUAUGUCAAUAUCUUCGUGGAGCUGAUGUUUUAUAUUCCUUUUACAAUCUGAAUAUUCGGUUGAACACAGCCCUAACAGGCUAUUGUCGGUAUGUGAAUCUCAUGAGAGUUGCAUACAAAAAGUUAACAUAUGUAAUAACUCAUGUUCUACCAUGUAUUGGACAACAUGUUCGAUCGUUUUGUUUGAAUAUAUACUGGGAAAGUAUGAUUCCGGACCAAUUAAGUCAGCUUCUGUACAGUUCACGUUUAUGUGAGAUAUUUCCUUAUAUUGAAAACUUGACUGUGCGUGGAUUUUCAAGUGAAAGAUUACAAGUUUUUCUUGAUUGUAUAGAGAAUUUUCCACGGCUGAACAAUUUAAAAAUUCAAUUUCUUUCUGGGAGUUCAACCGGUAUUUGCCUGACGAAAUUAUUCUCAGCGAAUCAAGGUCGACUUUCAAAAGUCUUCUUUGAUUGGAAUUCGAUAGAUUUAGAUAUACCCCAAGAUACUUCCGACAUAUCUUGUCCAAACAUUCAAGAAUUAACCAUACCAUUGACAUCGAUUAACACGCUAGCACGUUUGUGUAAAGUCAUAUCAAAUGUUCAUUGUCUGUACGUUAAUCUUGGUACUUUUGUUGAUAUUGGGAACUGCGCAGAAGCUUUCAAGGAUGUCUCGCCUCUAUUUCGUUUAGUUGAUUUCAGCAUACAUUCGAUUGAUUGGUUCUGCCCGUUCGAUGCUUUCGUUGCUAUGAUCCGAAAGAUGCCUUCGUUACAAAAACUCAAGUUUCACCUAUGCACGCAAGAGGAGUGUUUUCUAGUCGAAGAAAAUAUUCGAAUAAAUUUACCAAUUUCGUGUUGUCAACUCGAUUAUUUCAUUGAUUAUAGACUUUCUGGAAUGGAUUCUGAAAUAAAAAAUCUUCUUACUUCCAACCGAAAUUUUUCUUCGACCGUUCAUCUUUUAUUUGAUGAAACUCAUGAUACUCUCAAUGUUCAUACCGUUCCAUGCCGCCUACAAUCCAUGGUUUUAUUAGGAUCUGUCGCAAAACAAAUGAUGCCAGGUUCAUCGUACACUGAACAUGUCCGAAAUUUACAUAUUUACGGUGCACAGUGUUUAAACGAUGUAUUUCAAAUACUACAACAUUUUCGUCACCUCAAUAUCCUUUCGAUCAGUAUGAACAACAGUCGGACUAUGUUGAACAAUUCGACAACUCCCAACAAACCGAUUGUCUUUCACUUGCCAUAUUUAAAACAACUCUGUAUUGACGGAACAUGUGAAUUGUCAAACUUACUUGAUGCAGCGCCAGACCUCUAUCAAUUUAAUGUCGAUUUCGAUUGUGUGAAAAUGUUCAUUCAAAAUCAUUCUCGUUCAACUCGAACAAGUGUUAGAUCUAUCGACAUCUUUGAUUGGACGGGUACUCAUGCAGAAUUAUUGCAGCAUAUUACUCAAACUUUCGUUACUCUCGAUCACCUCAAUAUUCACAUGGCCAGUAGAAUAUCGUCUAUGGAUUCGUUUCUACUAGAGUGUCUACCGGUAUGUAAAAGUGGUAUGCGAAUUUCGCUCGGUGUAACAGGAUCGCUUUCCGAACAAGUUCAGAAUAAUAUUCGCCAAUGGGUUAUCGAUCAUUCCCAUCUAAGCGAAAAGGAUUCAUUUGCUGUACAAUACCGGCAAAAUUGGUUCCAGAGUACAUUAAUGUCGCAGUUCGAAAUUUGUGUUACACGAACGAUUCUGUUUUGCAGAUUAUUGUUGAAUAGAAAUUUGUUAGGUAUGGCAUCGAAGACAGCAAAACGACGAUUUCGAAAAUCAAGGAGAAAUGUGCCUAUUGUUGAUACUAGUCAGGCUCGAUCGAACCUUGAGGUGCUACGAAUGUGCCUCAACGAUCUUGGUUGGAAGGAGUGUAUUUCUGGUAAUUCGGCUAAUCUGGAUAUUUGUUGGAAUGCCGCUGGAUUUCACGAUGGUAGUCGAAACUAUGCAUCAUUAUCAGCAAGAGUGAAUAAAUUUCCUGGCAUGAGUGAUGUGUUGUGUAAAAGCAAUCUGACACGUUCAUUGAAUGCGAUGCGUAGAUUAUUUCCGGAUGAAUAUAAGUUCUAUCCACGUACGUGGUUCUUACCCGAACAACGCGAACAAUUUCAAAGAGAUGCGAAUGAAAUACACAAACGAGAUCGAAAACGACAACGACCACUGACAACUUUUAUUGUCAAACCAUCAGAUGGUUCGGAAGGUGCUGGUAUUUACUUAAUUCAGGAUCCUACGCGCUGCAGUGCUAUGAAUCGCGAACAUAUUGUUCAAGAAUACAUUGAUCGACCAUUAUUGAUCAAUGGACUUAAGUUCGAUGUGCGAAUCUAUGUUUUAAUUCGUCAAUUAGAUCCAUUGGAGAUCUUACUCUACGAUGAAGGUUUAGCACGCUUUGCCACUGUUGAAUAUCAAGCACCAUCGAUUAAAAAUCUUCACGAAGCAUUCAUGCAUUUGACGAAUUAUUCGCUGAACAAACGCAGUGCUACAUAUAAACAUGCUGUCGAUGUGAGCCAAGCUGAUGCUAGUAAACGAAAGUUCAGUCUUGUUUGGCUACAGCUUGCUCAAUCGUAUAAUCCAGAGGACAUUGAACGAGCCAAAAGAUUAAUUAAAGAAAUGAUCAAUAAGACAGUGAUAGCCAUUUUACCUGAACUUCGUGUUCAGUAUGCUCUGGAGAUGCCAACAGCUACAAAACAGAAUCAAUGCUUCCAAAUCAUUGGAUUUGACAUUCUGCUUACUGAUCGAUUGAAACCAAUUCUACUUGAAGUAAACUCGAAUCCUUCAUUGCGAAUCGAUUAUGAUCAUAUGAAUGAAGUUGGUAAACUUGUUCACGAACCAAGUUUGAUUGACGAAGAGAUCAAACGACCACUCGUUAGAGAAACGUUGCAGCUCGCUCUGAACGAACGGCCAAGUCAACGAAUUAAAAACAUUACUAAUCAUCCGAUAGAAUCAUGUAGUACACAUGAUUCGACAAGAAUACGGUCCGAUUCAGAAUCAAGUCUUUCCAAUUCGUCUGUAUCGGAUUCUGAUCUGUCUACUGAUACAUUACAGGAGAGCGUUUCAGAAUCACUGGAAGUUAUUUACCCAUCGACACCUGAAAUCGAUUAUGAACAAAUGUUUCUUCUUGAAAAGGUCGCUUUUAUCUAUAUCGAAUUAGUACUCAAACGUGGAUACAAAGCAUUGACAAAUCGACCGUUUCGUCAACUGGCCAGUAUUUGUGGUAUAAUCGAUCAAGGAACGCCAAUGUCUGCGAUUGACAUACUCUAUGUUCAAAUCUUUUCCAAAUGUAAACAGUACGCUUCCCAAUCUCCUGCAACUGGUCUGGAUUUUUCAGUCUUUAUCGAGGCUUUCUUUUUGUUAUCUCAGCGCAAGUAUCCAAAUUCAUCGCUUCUUGAGAGUGUAACACAACUGAUCGAUUCUUGUAUCCAUCAUUUGAAUCUGAAAAAUGAACUGUAA